UAUUCUCGGAUCGACGACCACCACCAGCGCCGCCCGUGCUCUCCACGACCACCACCAGCGCCGGUCUCUCUCGUCACGCUGCUCCUCCACCCACGUUCAUUGAGGAUGACAAGAUUAUAGUACCCCAAAAUUCGUUGAUUGAAGUCAAUCAGUCUGGUCUUCUCAUAGAAACUUUGUAAGAAAAUUAGUCCAUAUUUCAGCGUUGGAGUAUCUCGGUAUUAAAGAAUAUAAACAUAAACCAACCAUGUCACGGAUAUGUGUGAAAAACUUGCCCAAGUAUGUGGCAGAGGACCGUGUGAAAGAGUUCUUCUCCCAGAAAGGGGAAGUCACCGACGCCAAGCUUAUGCACACCAAGGAUGGGAAGAGCAGGCAAUUUGGAUUUGUUGGAUUUAGGACUGAGCAUGAAGCCGAGGAAGCCACAAACUACUUCAACAAGUCUUUCUUGGAUACUUGCAGAAUUACUUGUGAGAUUGCUCAAAAGGUUGGAGAUCCCAAUAUUCCCCGCCCUUGGAGUCGACACUCAUUGAAGAAGAAGAAAGAGAAUGCUUCUGAAGAAGAGGAAAGAUUAACUAGUUCAGAAAAAGAGAAGACAACAACCCGCUCAAAAGUUUCUACAGCUGUAGUACCUCAAGGGACAAGUAAGAAGAGUAAAAAGGAGGAGGAGAUCGAUGACCCUAAACUUCAAGAGUUUCUUCAGAUCAUGGAGCAUCGUAGCAGGUCAAAAUUGUGGGCAAACAAUACACUUGCAGCCCCCUCUCUUUAGCAAAGCAAAGUAGCAACAGAUAAUAAAUUUCAUAUGGCAGAAGGGCAUGAUGGCAAAUUAAAUGGAGAGAGUGCUGAUCUUGAGGAAGUUAAGGGAGACGGAAAUGUUUUAUCAGAGAAACAAGAUCCAGAAAAACCAACUAUUUUGGUUCAUGAUGAAUUUGUAUCCGACAUGGAUUACUUUAAGAGCAGAAUUAAAAAGAAAUGGUCAGAUUCAGAAACUAGCGACAGUGAGGGUAGUUCUGAUGGCACUGAUCAUAGUGAUGGUGAUGAUAAUGAUGACUGCAGUGACUCUCAGGACAAGAGUAACCAUGAUCCUACAGAUAAUAAACUUGAACCUGCAGUUCCCAAAAGCGAGGUUGAUGAUGGCUCUUCUGGAGAAUGUGGAAUAAAUGGCUCAGGUGAUCCUUCAUCAAGUCCAAAAAACAAGAAUGAUGAAGUUCUAGAAUCUGGUCGUCUCUUCAUCCGUAAUCUUCCCUACACUACCACUGAGGAGGAACUGGAAGAUCACUUCAGUAAAUAUGGGACCAUCUCUCAGGUCCAUAUUGUCAUUGACAAAGAUACAAGACGUUCCAAGGGAUUUGCUUAUGUUCUCUUUGCACUCCCAGAAUCUGCUGCUAGGGCAUUAGAAGAGAUGGACAGUUCAAUUUUUCAAGGAAGGUUAUUGCAUGUCAUGCCUGCUAAACAAAAAUAUGUUCCUGAUCUGCAAGAACACAGUAUUGCUGGCAAUCUGUUAAGUGUAUAA